CGUGUGUGUUUGUGUCAGCGUGUCACUUUAAAAUUAAUAACUUACGAGAGAGAAAGAGUGGACUUUUGUUGCCCCUUUGCCUUGAUUUUUUGGUCAAAUAAAUAAGGAUGUUACACUGGACUCUCUCCCAUUGCUUCCUUCCACCCAAACCCACAACAACAUAGACGACAUCUUCUGCAACACAACAACUAAACAUUGUUUUGUUUACUCAACUCGCACUUUCCCUUCUCCAAUUUCGAGGUCUCAAUUCCGGCUUUGAACAGCCACAAGCACGCAUUGUUUGUUCAAGGUUCAAGCCAUCAUUCAAGACAUUCAUGGAAGUAGUUAAUGAAACUAGACCUGUUUUCAUCUGAUAUACUUAAAAAGGGUUCACAUGGUUUCUUCAGACAAAAGUGCGGAUCAAAAUAUCCCUUCUGAUAAAUUGCAGCAGAGAGUGAGUCUUGAUAGUGAUACUACAUUGUCACAAGGUCAUGAUACUAAAAAUGAUCUGUCCAAACCAGAGGAAGCAAGUAUUCUUUCUAUUGUAGUUAAAAAUGAAGAAGGGAAGGAUUCUGAUGCUAUUGCUUGUGCCUUGGAAUCAGAUCAAGAAGGAAGCACAUGCUCUUUACCACUUGAGAAACCUUUGCAGAACCCUGAUACUCUUUCGCAUGAGUUGCCUCGAUUGCAGUCCAGUCAGGAAUUUCCCUCUAUAAUACGCGAAAAGGUAUCAAAAGAUGGCUAUAACUGGCGAAAAUAUGGUCAGAAACAUGUUAAGGGGAAUGAAUUUAUAAGGAGCUAUUACAAGUGCACACAUCCAAACUGCCUGGCAAAAAAGCAAUUGCAGCAGUCAAAUAAUGGGCAUAUCACAGAUUCCAUUUGUAUCGGUCAGCAUAAUCAUCCUAGACCUCAAUUGAACUCCACAGUAUCAGUUGAGUGUGUUCUGCCUGUUGUUGAACAAGCACCACACAAAUCCUCUUUAGCCACUGUGGAAGACAAAGCAUCCGUUGAGCAUGGAUGUAUGCCUCAACAGAUCCAGCCUUUACAAUCCUUUCCGCCUGCAAAAGUUUCCCCAGUUAAUAAGUUGAAUGCUUCACAUUUAUCAUUGACUAAGGCAAAGAACCAGGUUCAUGACAACGAGGAACCCGAGUCAAAGCGGCUGAAGAAAGACAAUACUAAUCCUGAUGUCACUAGAGUUGACAUGUCAACUCGUGAAUCUCGUGUUGUUGUUCAAACUUCAAGUGAGGUUGAUUUGGUAAAUGAUGGGUAUCGCUGGAGGAAAUAUGGGCAGAAGCUAGUUAAAGGGAAUACAAACCCAAGAAGUUAUUAUCGAUGCUCGAAUCCUGGAUGCCCUGUCAAAAAGCAUGUGGAAAGGGCCUCUCAUGAUUCAAAAGUUGUAAUAACUACCUAUGAGGGACAGCAUGAUCAUGAAAUCCCCCCUGGAAGGACCGUCACUCAGAAUGCAGCUACAAAUGCUCGCACAACGGCCAGUAAUGGCAAGGCUGGAACCAAAUCUGAGGGUAAUAUUACUGAUGAUACAGGGGAACGAAGCGGCUUGGGCUCAGCAAGCAGAUUAACAGAGCAACUAAAUGGCGAGUCAAUUACUAAGUCAAAGGCUGGUGAUAUGGUUGAGUUUUGUGUGAUCAGCCUUUCUAAUGAGGGUCCUGAAAUUAAAUUAAGUGAGCAACAACAACAAAAAGAUAAUUCAGCUACUAAAGACGAUUCUGUCAGCAAUGAUGUUAUAAGCCAUUCAAGUUCUGGAGUUCUGUGUAGAUCAAAUGAACAGCUGAAAGGUGAGGUAAAACCUAUAUCAGAAGGAAGUAAGGAUUGCCUUAAUGUGGUUGCCGUGCAUGAUACUCGUAGUACAGAAAGUGAAUUUAACAAGCAAUCAACAGCUGAUGCAGAACCCGUCCAAAGCUAAAUUUGCAAUAUUUUUCAAAGGUGCUGCUAGUUACAGAAGAGUAUAAAUAUUUGACAAUGACACAGGCUUUACAGAUAUACUGUGUGAUUAUAAUUCCUAUUUCUACUCUAACCGUCACUUUACUCUUCUAGCUCUCUCCUUGUCUUUGAGCAGGUUGACUAAAUAUGCAAAUUACAAUUAAUACUACAUUGGAUAUCAUAACUUGUAUACCAUUAUUAUUUGAGUUAAAUAAGAUUUACAUUUUCGUACACUUGUAUAAAAAAUUCUAGUGUAUUAUUGAACUUACUCAGUUAUUUGCAUGUAA